CUCGUCGGCGAAAAAUGCGAGUUUAAAGUAUACCGCCAUAAUACAAAGAAAGAAGGCAAACGAGCCGUUGAAGUUCUUUCCAAGCCCUUCGAUGAUCAGACUCUCGACGAGCUCGACAGCCCAUAUGCUCUUGUCAUCAAUCGGUACUUUGGCGAUAAGAGUCAACUUGAGAAGACGACUCUGGACAUCAAUUCGAGUUGGCUUGUCAGGGUUUUCAGAGAAGUCAUUGGCUCCUACCCUACAGUGCCUGCCGAUUUUUGCACGCCCUUCCAACUUGAAAGUCCAUUCCAAAUCCUGCUUCACCACUGGGAAGAUCUGGAUGAGCGCCGCCAAGCUACCCAGAAUGCUGAGGAACGUAUGCAUCUGAAUCUAUUGUUCGAUUUUCUGGUGAAUGAGCUUGGCUCCGAGAGAGAGCGUUUACUGGGCAUGAUGAGAAAGAAUCAGAUUACAUUCAAAACCGCAUGGUCUAUAUUCCGCCCGGGAGAGUUGGUCUACACGUCCUUCAUGGGACAUCCCUGGCUUUUGAGAUGCCAGAAAACAGCCUAUGAGCAAACUGUGAAAAGGGGUCCGUAUCUGGAGGUCCAUUGCAUUUUCUGCGAUCAUAAUGGUACCGUCGAAGGACAGGCCAAAAAGGUCUUCAAGAUAUACCAGAAAGAGAGCUUUGGAGCUGAAAAUCCCGCAACCAUCACUGAACUUUCCGUUUAUGCGCGGAGGUUUGUUCAGGGUCAGGAAGGACUAGAAGAGCGACUUAUCAAGCGCGGUCGGAAAUUCCUUUCCUUGACAGGAAUGUCAGUCAAAUCAUAUGACGGGCCAGCUAAAUAUCUCAAGGAGCCAUAUCACCGCUUUUAUGAUCCAGGCAUGGCGGACUGGCCUGGAGUUUGGCUGCCAUACACCGAGCUCGGACGAGUUGUUGUCGACCGCAAGACGUUCCAGCAAGAACAAAUUUCGAAUGCAGUCAGUGUCCAGGCACAAGAAGUAGAUCCCCUACUAUGCCCUCCUUAUGAGUACGGCUUUUCUUUGGCUCGAAAAGAGUGGGCUAAGUUCAUGAUUGAUUGUAUCGACGAGAUCACCUGGGCCGAGAAUGUUUGGGAUUCAUUGAUUGUUGGUGAUCGCCAAAAAUUGGUGCUUCAGUCUUUAGUCACUUCACACUUGUAUCCCGACGAUGCUCGCGAUCAAAUGAGACAAAAGGGCAAGGGCUUGGUUGUUUUGCUCUACGGGACUCCAGGCUCUGGAAAGACAUUGACAGCCGAGACUGCAGCCGAAGGCACCCGAAAGGCCUUGAUAAUGACUUCCCUGGGGGAGCUCAACAAGGAAGACAGCGCCUGGGCCUUCGAAACCCGCUUGCGACUCCUACUGAGAUAUGCUACCUUAUGGAAAGCGGUCGUCCUGAUGGAUGAAGCGGAUGUAUUCCUCGAGGCAAGAGAUGACCACGGUGACAGCAACACACGGAACGCUCUUGUAGCUGUUUUCUUGAAAGAACUCGAAUAUUUCAGCGGAGUCGUAUUCCUGACUACCAAUAGGAUUAAAUCAUUCGACCGAGCCAUGAAGUCUCGGAUUCACCUUGCUCUCGAGUAUACACCACCUGGCAUUGAAACACGCCAACAACUUUGGGAGCAGAUUCUCAAGUCUAUCCCUCCAGAAGAGAUUGAUAUUGACCCCGAGGAUGCGAUUGAUCAUUUUGUGGCAGCUAAGAUCAACGGUAGAGAGAUUGCGAAUACUGUAAACACUGCAAGAACCAUUGCCAGAUUCGAAAAGAAGGCUCUUCAACUGAAGCAUAUCGAACUGGUGCUUGGUGUGUGGAGAGAAUUCGAUGACAGCUUAAAGCAGACUGCCCAGAAAUCGGGUCAAGCUAUGGAGAAAGGCAGCCGCAUGAUUGAUCGCACAAAUUCUAUCAUUGAAGAGGAAGAUGACGGCUUCAAAACCUGA